UUGCUAAGUCUAAAACUGCUGAAUCAAAAUGAAGUUCGCAUUACUCAUCUUCGUUGCUGGCCUUGCACUUGUCGAGCCACACGGUUACGUGCACACUCCGCUCUCCAGAACGUCUAUUUUCCGUAGACCAAAUGAGUUCCCUGGAGCUCAACAACCCUUCUGGUGGGACGAUACAGGUGUAUUUUGCGGUAAUCAACAACAAGACCAACAAUACUCCACUUGCGGACGUUGCGGUGAUGCUCCAGGCAACACCCAUGCCAACCAAGGUGGUAGAUACGAUAAAGGUAUCAUCACUGGCACAUACACUGCUGGACAGGCUGUCACCGUCAUUAUCGACUUCAACGCUAAUCACCGUGGUGGCUUUAUGUUCGAACUUUGCCCACAAGUGACUGAGACCAACACCUGUUUCCAACGUCUCCGAAUCAACAGUGCCGACAGAGGAGUCCGCGACAACAACUGGGCCUGCUCCGGUGGCGACCAUCAAAACGGACAGAUGCGUGCUCAAAUUCAAUUGCCAGCUGGUGUCAGAUGCACAAGAUGUACUCUUCGUUGGACGUACAGAACAUCAUACCCACCAGCACCAGAUGCAUGCUGGAAUCCAAACAACGCUCAGACCUUCAGAAACUGCGUCGAUAUCAGAAUCAACUAGAUUUUCCAUUCUUGGCUUUGUUUUACAUACAACGUUAUGAUAUUGCUAUUAAAAUACAGGAUUCAAACUAAAA